ACGCUGUGCUUCUUCUCACUACCUUAGCCACAAUUCGGGCCAGAGCGGCAAAAUUGUUCCGAUGCAUACUGAAUAAGUGCGAGUAUGGGGGGGAAUUCUUCAGGCCUGGCCACAGUACUAUGGUGACACUUUUUGUGGGGCUCCCAAGACAGAUGGGGAAAGCUUCAUUAAAUUCACUCCUUGCUAUUAAAGGAAACGUGAAGUAGAGGGUUUAGAUACCACAAAACUUCAUCAUGGCCUUUCUGUCCUCCUAUCUUCUAGCUCUUGGAGACACUUCCGGUGACCUGGCCAAUACAUACAGUCGGCCGGGCGUCCCCUUGCUUUAUUGCUCAGAGACCCUUAGCAAGAUGUUUCCGCCACCAUAGGCAGGRGUGCUUGCGUAAACUUUUCCUUCUCUUAAGCGGGGAAAGCUCUCUCUCACUUCCGCUCUCUGGCCUGCUGGCCCCGCCUCCCUGCCCCCCGCUGGGUCCUAGCGCCUUCCCCUUUCUGGUAGUGUUCUGGGCUCUGUUGGUGCGUGAAGCCGACGCAGAUGCCACGGAGCCAGUCCAAGUCGGAUCAGAUCUGCCUUUUCUAAACUCUUACUCAACAACUUGGCCUGAGAUAAUUAAAAAUUUCUGGUCAGGGCACACUGUGAUGAAAUUGGAAGGUCUUGAUUGGAAUCCAUUUACCCACAGCCCUUUAUGGGGUAAGAGCCUGAGGCUUACAUUUUUGGUCUUUUUGGUGGACAGACAUUGUCUUAUGGCAGUUGAAGGCUUCCGUCCAGGUUACUCUGACAUGCCUGAAGGCUGGCAAUUAUAAGUCCCUGAACACCCAUGCCCUUUAGGGUAAAAACACCACUUUGUCUUCCUUUUGCCCUCUCAUCUUUACCUCUGGACCAGCAGAACAUCAUGGGACCUCACUCAGGGUUCAAAUCAAUGGGAACUCUAAUGCACAUUAAAGAUGAGAAAACUGAGGUUCUAAGACAUGCAAUAAACCACACAAAGUUUGCAUCAGCUGGGAAGUGAUGGAGGCAAGAUUUGAAGCUGGUCAUUCUGGCUUCAGAGGCUGUACACUAAGCCACAAUGCUGUAUUGUUCCUCUGGACCUCGGUUCCUUUAUCUGUGAAAAGAAUUUUUCUCAUGGUGUUGACAUGAAGGAGAAGCCCUGCCCGCCAUGGAGGUGGAGGCUGCAGAACCCCGAUCCCCAGCCCCAGGCUACAAGCGCUCUGGCCGACGCUAUAAGUGCCUGUCCUGUACCAAGACAUUUCCAAAUGCUCCCAGGGCAGCACGCCAUGCUGCCACACAUACACCUGCAGACUGCCCAGAGGAAGUGGCCGAGGUGAAGACAAAGCCAGAGUCAGAACCCAAGGCAGAGGAAGCCAGCGGAGACAAGGUGUCAGGCUCARCGGCUAAGCCUCGGCCCUAUGCAUGCCCGCUGUGCCCCAAGGCCUACAAGACUGCACCAGAGCUGCGCAGCCACAGUCGAAGCCACACGGGCGAGAAGCCCUUCCCGUGCCCAGAGUGUGGCCGCCGCUUCAUGCAGCCCGUGUGCCUGCGGGUGCACCUAGCCUCACAUGCUGGUGAGCUGCCCUUCCGAUGUGCACACUGCCCCAAGGCUUAUGGGGCUCUGUCCAAGCUGAAGAUCCACCAGCGCGGUCACACGGGAGAGCGGCCCUAUGCUUGCGCCGACUGUGGCAAGAGUUUCGCGGACCCUUCGGUGUUCCGCAAGCACCGGCGCACGCACGCUGGGCUUCGACCUUACGGCUGUGAGCGCUGUGGCAAGGCCUACGCCGAGCUCAAGGACCUCCGCAACCACGAGCGGUCCCACACCGGUGAACGACCCUUCCUGUGCUCUGAGUGCGGGAAGAGCUUCUCCCGCUCAUCUUCUCUCACCUGCCACCAGCGUAUUCAUGCAGCACAAAAGCCCUAUCGCUGCCCGGCCUGUGGUAAGGGCUUCACGCAGCUCAGCUCCUACCAGAGCCAUGAGCGYACUCACUCUGGUGAGAAGCCCUUCCUCUGCCCACGUUGUGGCCGCAUGUUCUCUGACCCCUCGAGCUUCCGGCGCCACCAGCGGGCUCACGAGGGUGUGAAGCCUUACCGCUGUGAGAAGUGUGGCAAGGACUUCCGGCAGCCGGCAGACCUGGCCAUGCACCGGCGGGUGCACACAGGCGAUCGACCCUUCAAGUGCCUGCAAUGCGACAAGACAUUUGUGGCAUCUUGGGACCUCAAGCGGCAYGCUUUGGUGCACUCUGGCCAGCGGCCCUUUCGCUGUGAGGAGUGUGGGCGAGCCUUUGCUGAGCGUGCCAGUCUCACCAAGCACAGCCGUGUGCACUCUGGUGAGCGCCCUUUCCACUGUAACGCCUGCGGAAAAUCCUUUGUGGUAUCAUCAAGCCUCAGGAAGCACGAACGGACCCAUCGAAGCAGCGAGGCUUCUGGGGCUACUCCCCAACAGGAGCUGGUAGUGGGACUGGCGCUGCCUGUUGGCGUUGCUAAUGAAGGCUCUGCCGCCCCAAUAGCAGGUACAGGGCUAGGGGACCCUCCAGCAGGACUGCUAGGGCUGCCCCCAGAGUCAGGUGGUGUGAUGGCCACACAGUGGCAAGUGGUUGGCAUGACUGUGGAGCAUGUGGAGUGCCGGGAUGCUGGUGCUGGGGAGGCUCCCGGUUCCUUGGGAGGGACGGGAGAGGUGGGAGGUGAGGAAGUUGAUGAGAAGCCACCACAGUUUGUAUGUAGAGAGUGCAAGGAGACCUUCACUACCCUGACAUUACUGCGAAGGCAUGAGCGGUCACACCCAGAACUCCGGCCCUUCCCUUGCACCCAAUGYGGCAAGAGCUUCUCAGACAGGGCUGGGCUGCGCAAGCACAGUCGCACCCACAGCUCUGUGCGCCCCUAUGCCUGCCCCCACUGUCCCAAGGCUUUCUUGAGUGCCAGUGACCUACGCAAGCAUGAACGCACCCACCCUGUACCCAUGGGAACCCCCACACCUUUGGAACCCCUUGUGGCUUUGCUAGGAAUGCCUGAAGAGGGGCCAGCCUGAAACUGGUGGCUCUCUCUACCACAUUCCCUGGAGCUCAGCCGGGACAGGGUGCCUCCUGAACCGAUUUGCACCCAGCUCACUCCAUAGACUCCAGGUCCCUGCCCCUAGGCAACUAGCUCACCUGUUACCUAAGAGAGCUGGGGAGAGUGAGACCAGCAGCAUCUGUGACAGGGUUCUCUCUGAGUAACACUCAUUAAAGCAUUCACUUUGGCA